ACACACACACACACACACACACACAUCUGUCGGUGUGUGUUUUCGAUUGUAGAUCGAUUAAGUUUUAAAUUAAAAAGUGAUUAUGAUCUGGGGGAUGUGUGAUAGUGAGAUCAGCCACUACAGAAAGUGAUUUGAAAAAUGAUGGGUUGUUCUUCCGACGGUGUUGGUGUUACGAAAGGACUCGAGAAAAUGCGAUCUAUGAACGGGAGGACGAGUGGCCCUACAAGGCGAUCGACAAAGGGGCAGUGGUCUGCAGAAGAGGAUGAAAUACUAUGUAAAGCUGUUCAGCAAUUCAAUGGAAAGAACUGGAAAAAAAUAGCGGAGUGUUUCAAGGACCGAACUGAUGUUCAGUGCUUGCAUCGAUGGCAGAAAGUUUUAAACCCAGAGCUUGUUAAAGGGCCAUGGUCAAAAGAGGAAGAUGAAGUAAUAAUUCGUCUAGUUGAACAAUAUGGAGCUAAAAAAUGGUCCACAAUAGCGCAACAUCUACCUGGUCGCAUUGGGAAGCAGUGUCGGGAGAGGUGGCACAACCAUUUGAAUCCUAACAUAAACAAGGAGGCUUGGAGCCAGGAAGAGGAAUUAGCGUUGAUUCACGCCCAUCAAGUUUAUGGUAAUAAGUGGGCAGAGUUGACAAAGUUCUUGCCUGGUCGUUCAGACAAUGCUAUUAAAAAUCAUUGGAAUAGUUCUGUUAAGAAAAAAUUGGACUCCUACUUGGCAUCAGGCUUGCUUGCACAUUCCCAAGUUUUACCUCAUGUCAGCCAAACAAAUCAAUCGACUGCUUCUACUUCGUCAUGGGUGCAACAGUGUAGCGGAGAUGUUACAGAGGCUGAGGAUAUCUCUGAAUGCAGUCAAGGUUCAGUUUUUGUGGGAUCUACAUCCACUAGCAUUAUGCCAACUGCAAUUGCUGUAUACUCUCAAAAUGAAAACCAACCACCUCAAAAUUCAACCAAGAUGGCCGAACAGUGUUUCUCGCAUGAGUGGGUACCUGCAGAUAAAGAUUGGCAAAUUUCUUCUGACAAAUUACAAAAGCUUCCUUUACUAGACAUGACUGAAGAUUCAGAAUUCUUCAACUGUAUAGAUGUUGAUCCAAUACAAUGUUCGGGAAACAUGGUUGGUGGUUGUGAUGUCGCAGAAAAUAUGUUGAUAUCUCAAGAUUUGUACAAUUGUCCAUAUAGCAAUCAAGGUGAUGGAUCUUCAGAAUUAGUUGGUGAAGUUCCUAAUGAUGAUGCAGAUGCUUUAAACUCACAAUCAUAUUAUUCGGACUUGCUACUAACAUCAUGUUAUCAGUCUAUGUACAUGCCUUUAGACAGUGAAUCCCAUCAAUUUAGGGAUCUUCCAAAUGAAGCCAGCAAUGCUCAAUUAUGUGAUGGUCAAACUGAUGUGGAGUCAAAAGACAGCGAAUCCCAUCAAUUUAGUUGUCUUCCAAAUGAAGCUAGCAAUGUUCAAUUAUGUGAUGGUCAAACUGAUGUGGAGUCAAAAGAAGACAGUGAAUCCCAUCAAUUUAGUUGUCUUCCAAUUGAAGCUAGCAAUGUUCAUUUAUGUGACGGUCAGAAUGAUGUGGAGUCAAAAGAUCAAGUUAAUGACUCCUUGCAACUAAAUGAUGUUUUAAAUCAUCCAUCAGUUGAUAUAUCAGAAAAUACCGGAAUAUUAUCUUAUGAUCCUCCACGUUUCCCAAGCUUAGACAUUCCUUUUUUUAGCUGUGAUCUAGUACAAUAUGGUGGUGAUGCACAACAUGAAUAUAGUCCCCUUGGCAUUCGAAAGCUGAUGAUGUCAUCUAUGAACUGUUUUAGCCCUUACAGAUUAUGGGACUCACCUACACGGGUUGACAGCCCAGAAGCUGUGCUGAAAAGUGCUGCAAAGACUUUCACAUGUACGCCAUCUAUCUUAAAGAAGAGAAACAGAGAUAUGUGUUCACCCUUGUCUGAGAAAAGAUGUGAAAAGAAGCUAGAGUGCUCCUCUUUCUCCAAUUUGGCCAGGGAUUUCUCUCGGUUAGACGUGUUUGCUGAAAAUAAGAGCCAACAGUCUCCAUCUUCAAGCGACAAACAAGACGCUGAAGCAUUUCAUGAAGAUAAAGAAAAUUUGUUUCCUUCUAUUGAAUGGACAGAAAAGGAAGGUGUAAACGGCUCAAUACUAAAAAUGUGUCAUGUGCGCGAGUCAUCUGGAAUUCUGACAGAAAGGAACAUGGAUAAUCUGUCAUUCUUUUCACCUGAUAAAGUUACCAACAAAUCUGAAACACCCAAGGGCUCAAAUGCCAGGGAUUCUGGAAAACAAAGGUCCAAAUGUUCAGAAGCUUUGCCGGAGGAAAUUACUGCCAAGGAACCUUCUUGUGAUGAUCUAAGUGGUUCUCUUGUUACCCCUAGCAUCGUACUCAGGAAGAAAGCAGGAGGUUUCCUUGCCACAUCGACGCAAUAUGCUCCUUCAUCUCAGAUUCGUGUUGAAAAUUCUGCAAACGAUACUACAACUGAAACCUUUGGCAUAUUUGGUGAAACACCCUUUAAAAGAAGUUUUGAUUCUCCUUCUGCAUGGAAAUCCCCUUGGUUCUCCUUUCUGCCUGGCCCAAGGGUUGAUACAGAUAUAACGAUUGAGGAUAUCGGUUAUUUUGUGAGCCCAAGGGAAAGAAGCUACGAUGCUCUUGGAUUAAUGAGACAGCUUAGUGAGCAUACUGCUACAGCAUAUGCCACUGCCCAGGAGGUCUUGGGUGACGAAACUCCUGAUUCCCUACUAAACAAGAAAUUUGCGGAAAAGGGAGAAAGGAGUCGGCAGGAAUCAAAACUCUUGACGGAAAGACGGGUGUUGGAUUUCAAUGACUGUGGAAGUCCCGGCAAAGGAGUAGAGAGUGCAAGACCUUUAAUAGGUUCAAGUUUCUCAAGUCCUUCGUAUCUGUUGAAGAGCUGCAGGUGACUUGUAGCAUGCAACAUAUACGAAGUUUAUACGUGUGUAGCUCCCCAUGAUAUUUUAGUAUAUAUAUGUAACAUUAUCUCUUAUAUAUCAUUACCAUUGUAUUAUUUUUUAGUGAACUGCCUUUACUCCAACUAAUUCAUUCUUGUUAUAGUGUCA